GGCAACGCCAACUGCAAUAAUCAACAAAAUUCACUUAAGCAUUUCCAGUUUCAAAGGGCAAACAUAUCUUGUAGAUAAAAGAUCGACAACUCAUUAGCAAUGUCUGCCUGUAAGAUGUUACUUGAGGCGCUACUUGUGCUGGUGCACAUCAUCAGCGACCGCCUGCUGGAGCUGGUAUUUGGCUGGUAUCUGGGUGCGCACAAGCGUGUCGCAACUCCAGCAAAUGCGGAUCAACGGGCGAUGUUGGCCAAGAGCGCCGUCGAGUUGGCAACACAAAUUCGCGAACGCAAGCUGAAAAGUUACGACAUCGUCAAAGCCUAUUGCGAUCGCAUCGAGAGUGUUAAUGGUGACCUAAAUGCCAUUGUCGACGGCCCCUUUGCGGAUGCACUGCAGCAGGCAAGCGAAAUCGAUCAAAAGCUGGCGGACAACAAGUACAGCAAGGAGCAGCUGGAUGCUCUGCCCUUCCUGGGAGUGCCGUUUACCACCAAGGACAGCACCAGUGUUGCCGGCAGGAGGCACACGCUUGGCUUGGUGUCGCGCAAGAAUGAACGCGCCAAGGAGGAUGCGGAAUGUGUGCGCCUGAUGAGGGCGAGUGGCGCAAUCAUUAUUGCUACCAGCAAUGUGCCGGAGGUGAACAAGUGGAUGGAAUCGCGCAACAUGCUCAUUGGCCGCACAAAUAAUCCGUAUGACUUGCGACGCUCCGUGGGCGGUUCGUCUGGUGGCGAGGCGUGCCUAAUCUCCGCCUGCUGCACCGGCUUUGGCCUGGGCACCGAUAUUGGCGGCUCCAUACGCAUACCCGCCUUCAACUGCGGCAUCUUCGGGCACAAACCCAGCGAAGGUGCGAUCAGCAUGGCUGGAUGCACCUUCCGCACCGGCAAGGAGCAGAACACAAUGGUCUGCGCCGGUCCAAUGACGCGCUAUGCCACCGAUUUGCGUCCCCUCAUGCAGGUGCUGCUCGAGCCGAGCAAGGCCAAAAUGCUGCAACUGCAGGAGCCUGUAGAUUUGUCGAAACUGCGCUACUUCUAUGCGCCCAACAAUCGAAUGCGCCAAUGCAAUCCCAUCCAGCGUGAAACGGAGCAAGUGCUCCACAAGGUGCGCAAGCAUUUCGAGGACCUGACUGGGCAACAAGUGCGCCAGGCGGAGCUGCCCGCCACAGAGUUGACGGGGAAAAUGUGGCGCUAUUGGAUGACCCAGGAGCCGGCCAAUUUUAAUAAGCUCCUCGGAAACGGCGCGGACCUGAAUCCCUUCGUGGAGCUGUUCAAGAAACUGUUGGGUCAAAGUGACUUUAGCAUGGCGGCGAUUUACUCACUGCUCGACAGCCUUCUGCCCAAGGAGUCGGAGACUCUGAUGCGCGAGGCGACCGAAAAGUGCAAGUCAUACUUGCAACAGCUGCUGGGCGACAAUGGAGUCCUCUUCUACCACAGCUCGCCACGCACGGCGCCAUUCCAUUAUUAUCCGUUGCUCAAAUUUAUGGAUUUCAGUUACUUCAGCCUGUUCAAUGUGCUGCGCUUGCCGGUCACCCAGGUGCCCAUGGGCCUGGAUGCGAAGGGCAUGCCACUGGGUAUCCAGGUGGUUGCCAAUCACAACAAGGAUCGCCUCUGUCUCGCAGUUGCCGAGCAACUGGAGCGCACCUUUGGCGGCUGGGUGGCGCCGUUUCCAUUGAGGCAGUAGUUGCUUAUGGAUGUUUUCUGGUGUAUUUUUUUAACAAUACUCAUCCAAGGUGUUGGUAAUUCCUAAGACUGUAUUCCCUGAGCUAAUAAAUUGAUUAAAAUUAUCUGAAUAUAA